CGUAGAAACAGGAAGUAAAAGACAAGCUCCAACAAAACAAAAACACAUUGGAACGAAAUUAUCUCCAAUUCAUAUUUGCCUCGAAAUGGACAGUGAAAACCUAAUGUCAAUGAGCAACAAUUCACGCUGCGUACUUUUUAACACUCAUCCAGACGACUAUCGAUGCGUGGUGAUUUUAACCGUAAAACGAGCCACAGGAACCUUCUCCCUAGUAGGAUGCCUUUUCAUGCUGUUUGUGAUCUGGCUGCUUCGCAGGUAUCACUCUUUGGCUCAGAAGAUGAUUCUCAGCCUGACUGUAGCUGCCUUCUUUGACAGUGUUGCAUAUGUCAUGGGUGAGUCACAUCCAGAGGGAUCGCUUUGCAACUUUCAGGCCUGGUGGCUAACGUACUUUGACUGGAGUGCCUUGGCCUGGGUUUGCCUCAUCACACUGAACCUGUACCUCAACCUGGUCAGAGAAGUCAGCACCAGCCGAUACGAGAUGUUGUACCAUCUGAUGGCGUGGGGGGUGCCUCUGGUCAUGGCCUCCUUGCCGCUGCUAAAGGGCUACUAUGGUCCCGCGGGGGGCUGGUGCUGGAUCACAGACGAUCACGUAGCCUGGAGAUUUGGGAUAUGGUACGUGCCUCUGUUCAGCCUCAUCUUCCUGAUGAUCUGCUGCUACGCCAGGAUCAUCUGUGUGGCCAAUGAGAGGAUGCAGUCAUGGCUGGGAACCUUCAACCCAGAGAGAGAGAGGCGAAAGGUUUCCUUGGCGGAGGAGAUCAAGCCGCUGAAGUGGUACCCCUCCGUUUACCUGCUGGUGUCUAUCUUUCCCCUCAUCAACAGGCUCCAUAAUGCAUUCUACCCAAAGGAUCCAUCCUUCUCGCUCACCCUGUUGCAUGUCCUGUCGGCGCCGCUCCACGGUUUGGCCAAUGCCUUCGUCUUUGGCCUGGAUAGGGACUGGUGGAGCCUAGUGAGCCCAACUGGAAUGCAGCUGGCUCUGCAGUCGCGGCUGUGUGACAGGACGCGGAUCGGAGAGUACCACCCCGGGGCGGUGCGCUACACCCAGGCUGACCUGGUCGACCUCAGCGAUGACGACGACGAUGACACCAACGUGCUCUUCUACUCCCCUGACAUGACCCUGAAAGACAGAGGGCCCUAAGGGAGCGCUGGAGAGAAGGAGAGACGGGGGAAGAGAGGGAGCGACAAACGAGCUGAAGGAAAGGAAAACAAAGGAGGGUCAGAGCCAGGGAGAAACGCAGCGGAUUAGAAACUGAGGAGUAACAGGAGGUAGGGAGGGAAUGGAAGGGAAGAUUGGGGGGACAGUCAGGCAGAUAGAAGCCGGAGAUGAGCUGUCAGGUUCCAUUAUUAAUCCCCAUCCUUUACUAUUUAAUAUCCUAAAGACACACACACACACACACACACGCACACAGUGAGAAGAGCUGCAGCUCCCUGCAAUGCCGCCAUCAGAGAGGAGCAAGAAAAGAGCAGAUCUAAAGACCCUCCUAAUGUUAAAGGCAUCUGCUGCAUCCCGAAGGUCUUAAAAUGAUUUCCCUCUCUGCACUGCCUUGUUGUUUCCUGCUCUCUGCAGCGUUUUUUUUGGCAACCCGCAAAAAUGAAAGGAGGAAAAAAGAACAACAUAAAGCACCGCUGAAAGACAAUCAUAACAAGGUGUUAGUUUAGCAUUCGCAGCAAUUACCUUUUUUCACUUCUCUGCAGGGGACGGGGUGAAGAGCAGGCUUUUUAAAACGCACCCAGUGUGUUAGAUGUGAAAGCUUUUACAUCCAUGCUGAGAUUGAUCUCGGUACUGAACGGUGAGUUUCUGAUAGGGGAUGUGGGCUAGGGCGGAAAUACAGGAGGGGGUUUUAGAAACAGCGAAGAUGACUAGGCAGGGCAAGUGGAGUCCCAGCUCGCGAGUGUCUCUUGCAGUGAAUCUCCUCCCUCAGACAGUAUUUGUUUUUCUCUUUGCAUAUGGUAUUACUGUUGUUGCGACUUUCGCAGCGUAUUCCUUUAAGGAAAACUGUUUUGUAUUUUUUUUUAUAUAUAUAAAACACUAUGCGUGUAUGUUUUUGUAUUUAUAACAGAUCAAUGCACUGUAUAUAUUUAAGUGUACACUAUAUUUUUGUACGUGCCUUGGACUGGGAUGUGAAGAAAAUGCUUCUGCUGGUCUCACAUGACGGUCGAGCGUAUAGAGCCUUAUGAAUAGCUGAACGACAAUGUAUUAGUCAGACGUACUCCCGCACGCACACACACACACACACACACACACACACACACACACACACACACACACUCUUUUCUAAGGUCCCUGUCAAAACAGGUUGGAAAAGAUGGCACACACUCGACACCCAUGGCAUGGCAACAGCCUUUGGUGGUUCAUCAUUUCAUGGCCACUGCCGGUGGUGCUGAGGGGACGUGGCUGAGGUGUGAUUGGCAGGAUAAUAGAGUCACUUCAUAUUCAACCUCAGCCCCUUCGGUUUUUCCCCCAUAUCUGGCUGGUUUCAUCACUGUCGGUGCCGCGCUGCCAGCUGUCAGCCGCCUCUCUGACAAGUUGAACUAAUGAACCGACACUUGACCCUUUUUACCCUUGAGUUGUUGAACUUUUCUGCUGGGCGUCAGUGACACCAGAGUGCAACUUUUCAGUUCACAGAGCGCCACCACGUAGUACACACACACACACACACACACACACACUCUUACACUGUGCCCCUGCCCCU